AAGUCUUUAAUUCUUAAAACGGGUCAUUUAUGGGCCCAUAAUUAUCGAAUCCCAGCCUCCCCCACAUAGUACCUAGGUACCUAUGCAAGCUCUAUGUGGGGCUUUAAUCCAUCCACCCUUACAGGCCGCGCUGCAAUUGCAAAACUUCAACAACUUCUCAAUUCUUUCAUAUUUCUGAUUCAAAGUCGCAUCAAUUCAUACAUAAUUAAUUGCGAAGUCGAAACGUGACAAUGGAUAACUCUGUAGGGCCCUCAGAUGAGGGUUUCCUGCAUGAAUCACUCGAACCUCCUAUAAUUGAUGGUCCAUUAUCUAUCUCUGAUCCAGGUCCUGAUCCUGAUCCCACGCAUACCUUCGACAUCGAUAUUGAAGCUCCUCCGCCAUCAAUGCCCACUGAUUUACCUGGGGACGCGUCACCCGACACCGCCAAUAGCGAAUCUAGCAGCCUUAAACGCUCAAAACCGCAUGAUGAACCCGACGAAGGGUGGCAGACUGUAGAUCGUCGAUCCAAAAAACCAAAGAAAGAAAAGAAAGAGAAGAAGAUUCCGAACCCGCAAUCGACCAAUUACCCUUCAAUCACAUUCAACUACAACGCAAAACUCCAAUCCAAGAUCGCGCUAGAUUCUCUUCGCAAUCUAAUCCUCUACAUAUUCUCUGAAGGAACUGCGCCCCAAUGGGUCGCAAUCUCCCAACGGCCGCAAUUCCGAAAGAUUGUCGCAAUUAUGGUACCGGGACUGGAAGAAGCCAUGUUUAAGCAGGAUGUUGACUUCGCUACAUAUAAUGAUCAGCCUCUCGAUCUUGACCAGAGGCCUCGGGUCAUGACAUCUCCUGAUGAUUACUACCCACGACUACUCAAGAAGGAUGAACUCCCAAACAUUUUGAAGGAUUUUGCCGACAUGUUUCCUCAUCUCUGGCCAGUUAAGACCCCAGGGAAUGAAAAGUUCGGCCAUAUCCGUUCACCAUUAGGCACUAUACUCACGGCGCCAAUUGAGAAGACUAAAGAAGAGAAGGGCAAAGGCGUCCAGGCUGCGAAGGAGCCGAAGGGCUGGAAAGAUCAGCGCACAAGAAUAACAGAGUUCUUGACAAUGCCGGAAGAUUUCCAAACGAAUGGGUAUAUUUUACAUCCAGCUUGUAUACCAGCAGAGCGGCGCAAAAACUAUCAGGAUCUGGAUGGCUGGGUUCAUACUAAUGUAGAAGAUUUUACAGAUGGUGAUAUUCCAGAAGACGAGAUCCAACAAGGAAGUAUAACGGCAGGUCGAGAAAUCCUUGCCCUCGAUUGCGAGAUGUGUGUUACUGGUCCAGACGAGUAUUCUCUUACAAGAAUCAGCCUAGUGAGUUGGGACGGAACUAUAGUCUUAGAUGAGCUCGUCAAACCAGAUAAGCCGAUCAUCGACUACGUCACUCGUUUUUCUGGUAUCACGGAGGAAAUGCUGGCUCCCGUAACCACGACGCUGAAAGAUAUCCAGUCCAAGCUCCUUGAAAUCCUCCAUCCACGAACAAUUCUUGUAGGACAUUCAUUAGAUGCUGAUCUAAAAUCCUUACGGCUCACCCACCCCUUUAUCGUCGACACCGCCAUCCUCUUCCCUCACAACCGAGGACCUCCGCUAAAGAACAGUCUGAAAUUUCUGUCGCAACGAUUCCUCAAGCGCGAGAUUCAAAAAGGGGUUGCGGGUCAUGAUUCGAUCGAAGAUGCUAAGGCAUGUCUAGAUCUAGUGAAGCAGAAAUGCGAGAAGGGUAAAUCUUGGGGUAACCAUGAAUCGCAAGGCGAGAAUCUCUUCCGGCGAUUAACUCGCGCUGGCAAGGCUUACCGCGCAAAUGGUGGGGUCGAGGCCAAGGGAGGUGUCCAGGUUGGAAAGACGAGCGCUAUGGUCGACUGGGGCGACCCGAUGAAGGGCGCUGGCGCAGCAUCAACAUUCCCUAUCGGGUGUCAAUCAGACGAGGAGGUGGAAGAGGGUGUCAUACGCGCUGUCAAGGGCGACCCCGUCGCUGAAGAGAUACCAUUCGGCGGCGUCGACUUUGUCUUCGCCCGAUUUCGAGAAUUAGAAGCGCGCCAAGGAUGGUGGAAUGCCAAGAGCGAUAUUCCUCCCCCUGACUUGUCCGAUAUGUCUCUUGAGACAUGUGUUCAGAACCUCACUCAGCGCAUCAAGCGCAUAUACGACAUGUUGCCUCCUUGUACGGGUUUCAUUGUGUUCAGUGGCUCCGGCGACCCACGAGAGAUGGGCCGCCUACAAGCCAUGCAGGCUCAGUUUAAAAAGGAAUACACGGCGCCCGGCAGUAAUUGGGAUAGCUUAAGCGUCAAAUGGACGGAUAGGGAGGACCAAGCAUUGAAGAAGGCGGUCGGAGUUGCACGGAAUGGCAUCGGGUUCAUCGGCGUCAAGUAAAUUGAAUGUUGGAACGAUGUAUAAGUAUCACCGUAAUACUGGUCGGCAUAUGUGGGCUGUGGAAAGGGAAGCACUAGGAGGCGAGGCGCAUGAGAUACGAGUCACGAAUGUGGUCUGGCAUUGGGAUUAAGCGAUACCCCAUUUUCAUACUCUUGUAAGGGAUACUUGGGACCCUAGGUAUG